AUGUUAGAUAUCCAAAUAUAUCCAAAGUGUAGUAGACUGAUGUUACAAGGUAAAAUUAUAGCUCCUCGUUCAAUAAUGACUUGUUUAACAAAAACGAUAAAAUUAUUAAAUUUAAAACAUCUGGAUCUUUCAUUUUAUUGUUCUGGACUUGUAUUAUUAGAAUUAUUGAAACAGUCACCAAAUAUUCACACCAUAGAAAUAUCAUCGGCAUUUUUAAAAGAUUUAACAAAUAUUAAACAACUUCGUCCAUAUACAAAUAAUCAAAUUAAAAAAUUAAUAUUAGGUUAUCAUCAUCACUUUUAUCAUUGUUUUACAAGAGAAAAGACGAAUGAUUUAUUGUAUAUUAAAUCAAGUACCCCGAUGAAGCCACAAUUGUCGUCCAUUAUCCCAGUUUCUAAAGAACGUAAAGCUCUGUCCGAUCGUCCCUCGAUUACCACAACAACUACAGUCGGAUCGGCGGCUCAGGCUAAUAGAAGAAAACAUCGACGUCGAAUAGAACGCAGUUCCAAGAAGGACAUGGAAGAGACUACACUUGAUGACGGUGAUGAUACAAACCAUAUUACACCACCUGACAGAGGAUGGGCUUUGCCAAAGGAACGAAAGUGUCACGUCUGA